AUGUCGGAGCCUGAACGGAAUAAGGAGGGUGCUGUGACGAAAGCCUCAUCGUCGUUCGUCGUCAAACUUCUACCAGCCCACUGCCGUAAUCGUGUAGCGACAGCCGGCUGUCGGCUAACUCUUUCAUCUCUUCUCAGAACUCAUAUUUCGGCUGCUGGGCAUCUAGCUUCGCAAUUCCUUGGCUCACCGCUGAAAGGCUUCAAGAUCUCCUUCCAAGGUUCGAUAAGCGUCCGCAAAAUAGAUGAUGAUGCUAACCAGGAAGAGAAAGCACGUAAUUUUGACGAAUCCAGAGAUGUAGUCCUUCUUCGGCGUUUGCGCAAAAUUGCUCGUCUCGAAGAGGAGAUUCGUGAUUUGGAAGUGAAACACCGACUGAAGGUUGAUGAGUUGUCGGAUAUCUUAGAGGAUUAA